ACGUAGGUACGGAGCAGUGAUACCAAUUUAAGUGGCGGUUUCGUAUUUGAUGAAGUGGGGAAUGCCUCUGUUUUCAAAUAAGUUUUGUCCCAAAAAGCCUACUCCCAGAAAAGUGGAAUUGUCAGUACUUAAUAAGGAACUUGGGCCUGAGAAAGCGUUACAAGACCUGGGCUUAGAAAUUGGACCGAUAAGGUUGAAAUUGGGAGAUCAGGAAUCACUUUUUGACAACGGAGAAUGGUUACCAGAGACUGGGCCUGUGAGUGGCACACACAAAGAAAAUCAUAAACUCAGGCAAUAUGUACAACAACUUGAAGAUGAAAACAAUUUAUUGAAACUAAAGUAUGAAAUAUUACUGGAUAUGCUGACGCAGACAACAGCAGAAUCACAUUUGCAAGAGAAACAAAUGGAACAAUUGCAGAAACAAGUUCUGAACUCUUCAAGAAUACCUCGAACAAAGAGGUAGACAAUUUCAAGUUCUUCAGGAUUAUAGGAGUUAUUUCCAGUAUCACACUGGAGACUUUGUCUUGUAUACGUGGGUGUAUUAAAAGAAUAAACAAGGUGUGAACCGAGAGCUAUGGUAA